AUGGCUUCGCUGCUAUCGGGCUGGAACCCCAUUGUCUCGUUUCCCAACUACAACGGCCCCUACGAGGUGGGAACCGUCGAUGUCGAAAUACCCGUAGCCGACCUCCCUUCCCCUUCAGAAGCACCGGAUGGCGCUGCGCCGACGAUAGCUUUCCGAAUCUUCUAUCCCUGUGCGAAACCAAGCUCGUCCGAGCAAGACCGCCCGGUGCGAUGGAUUCCGCAGCCUCAGAGAGCGACCAUCAGAGCGUUUGCCAACUUCAUUGGAGUCAAGUCACCCAAGCUCUCCAACCUCAUCUCGUACAUGCCACAGCAACUAUACUGGAUCACACUACCCGCGCACCGCAACGCGAGACUGUUGGAUGCGCCUACCAGUAAUGGGAGGUGGCCCGUGACCUUCUUCAGCCACGGGUUGGCCGGUAGUCGCAAUGCCUACAGCUAUGUUUGCGGGGACCUGGCGAGUCAGGGCAUGAUCGUGAUUGCGCUCGACCACCGUGAUGGCAGCAGCCCGAUCCAAUACGUGCGCGCCACCCAGAACAGCGAAGCGCACAUCGUCAACCCCGUCAAGAUUAGUCAUGAGCCGGGACCGGAAGUGUACAAGAGCAGAGACCAGCAGCUCCGGAUAAGAAUGUGGGAGAUUAGCAUGGCUUUCGAGGCGCUGAUGAAGAUUGAUGGAGGUCAAGCAAUCGAGAACCUGGACAUCAACUCCGGCACGAGGCGCAAAGAGCGAGUGGAAGUGCUAUGGCAGUUCGACAGCAUGCUGGACAUUCACCGAGCUGGGAAGGUCACCUGGGCUGGACACUCCUUUGGAGCGGCUACCACGGUGCAGCUGCUGAAGAGCAUCUACCACAAGGAGCGCCCUGCCGAUGCCGGUCGGCCUCUGAUCGUACCCAACGCGGAUGCUGCUGUGGUGUCCCAGAUCAUGCCGGAAUCUCCGACGUUGCUACUCGACAUGUGGUGUCUCCCUCUGCGCUCGCCAGACCAGACCUUCCUGUGGGACAAGCCUCUUCCUACGUACGCCGUUGGUGGACCAGCUGGCGCCAAUGUUGUCUCGGUCUUGUCAGAAGCCUUCUACAACUGGGAGGACAAUCUCAACAUCAACAAGCAUAUCGUAGCGCCGCCGACACUGUCUCGGCGACCAUCCACAGCUCCACGACUUACACGAGACCGCGGCAGACUACUUCCAAACUGGGCGCGACUGCGCGACGAGUCGCCCUCGAAGGAUUCGGGUUACGCAUCCGAAACCUCGCGCUCACCCAUGCGAUCGUUGACACGACAGCGUAGCAGGGCUAGUGGCCUUACUACCCCAUCGCAGACAACAAACUCGCAGAAGAGUCGUCUGUCGGUGCCGAGCAAGACUUCAUCAAACACAAACUCGCCUGUACGAGGCGAUGGUGCACACAUGUUCUUUGUCCAAAAGAGCCAGCACUUCAAUCAGUCGGACUUCGGCCUGCUUUUCCCCUGGAUUGCGAAGCGUGUAACCAAGGCUGAAGAGCCUCAGCGAAUCAUGCAACUCAACAACCGCGCGAUGGUGCAAACGCUGAGAGAGGCUGGCAUUGAGGUAGCCGGCUCGAAUGAUGCCGAGAUUCUGGACAAAAGCAAUGAGAUACGACGAUGGGUACAUAUACCUGUGGAAGACGAGGCCGAGGCUACCAACGCCGAAGCCAUGGCAGCGAUUACACGCAAGCUGUCCAUCAUCUCCACUACUGGACGGUCGAUUGCACCUCCACGAGACGGCAUGACGAUGGGUCAAAAGACGGAGGCCCAGCUUGAGGCGCAUUAA